AUGACCUCUCCCGCGCACCGCUCAGUCAAUCCUUCCGAAGUCGGAUGGCAAUUCGUUCCUCAAUAUUACACCUUUGUUAACAAACAACCCGACCGUUUGCACCAAUUCUACACUAAAAAGUCCACCUUUAUGCAUGGUACUGAGGGCGACGACGGUAAACCUUGUCUCGGGCAACAGGAAAUCCACCAAAAGAUCACCGCAAUUGGGUUCCAGGACUGCAAAGUGUUCAUCCACUCUGUUGACGCGCAGUCAUCUGCGGAUGGGGGCAUUAUCAUCCAGGUCAUCGGUGAAAUGUCGAAUCGCUCUGACCCAUGGCGAAAAUUCGUGCAGACUUUUUUCCUGGCUGAGCAGCCCAACGGCUACUUUGUCCUCAACGAUAUCUUCCGGUUCCUGAAGGAGGAGACUGUUGAUGACGAAGCGAGCGACGUUGCUGACGCUGAGCCCGUUGCAGUCGUCGAGACCAUCACUGUCGCUAUUCCGGAGCCACCCCGUGAGCCGACUCCUCCGCCACCACCGCCACCGGUGCCAGAGCGCGAGCCGACUCCUCCCCCUCCUGUAGAAGAAGAGCCUGAACCAAUUCCUGAGCCGCCUCCAAAGGUUGCAACACCCGAACCGCCCGCGCCAGUUCAACAACAAGCGCCCACAACUCCACAACCAAACGGCGUUCAUACUCCACCUGUUGCAACUCCCUCCCCAGCCCCAGUUCAAGCUGCACCGCCACCAGCGACGACUGCACCAGUUGCGCCUGCCCCCGUUGCUGCCCCGCCUCAGCCAAAAACAUGGGCCAACUUGGCAGCUGCCAACUCAAAGAAAUGGGGUGCUGCAGUCGCUCAAGACUCGCGUGGUACUACCGAAGUCGCCUCAUCAGCGCCAACUCCGCCAGUACAACAAUCGCCAGCACCCCCUCCCCAACAGCGUCAUGCUCCUCCGCCUGCCCCUCAAGGCCAGCAUCCCAACUACACUGCUGCAAUGAGUAUCACAACAGCUGCCUGCUUUGUCAAGGGCGUCGUCGAUCCCAUUUCCAACACGCUACUCACAAACCAUCUCUCCAAUCAGUUUGGCCCGUUGAAAGAAGUCGACGUAGUCCGCAGCAAGGCCUGUGCCUUUUUGGAGUUCACGACAGUCGAUGCGGCUCGACGUGCCAUUGUAGCUUCACUGCCGCCAUCCCAGGGCGGUGAAGGUGGUGUCUGGAUUGACUGUGGCGAAGGCGGAAACUUGAGGAUCUCGGUUGAGACGCGAAAAGAGCGAAACGAGCGACCUGUCAGUCGGCCCCGGGGUGGUGGACCUAUGGGUGAAGGACGUGGUGCUGGAGAGGGCCGUGGUCGUGGUGGUUCCGACUUCCGAGGGCGUGGACGCGGUGCAGGCCGGGGUGUUGGCCAGCCCACAAAUAAAUAA